UUCCUUGUUCCAAGGGGCAGGCAGGACGGGCUGAAAAUAGAAACCGCUUCCAAAAAGAUAAAGGGGAUGACUCCAGCAGUGUACCCCACUCCUUGGAAGAGCUCAGAGGAAGAUGUCAGCUCAGUCUCUUCCUGCAGCAACACCCCCUACCCAGAAGCCCCCUCGGAUCAUCCGGCCCCGCCCCCCUUCUCGCCCCCGGGCUGCCCAGUCCCCGGGGGCGCACCACAACGGCUCCUCUCCACAAGAACCUCCCCUCACUGCCAACGAGGCACCAACCCUGAUGUGCACCCCCAUCUUCUGGGAGCCCCCAGCCUCGUCCCUCAAGCCCCCAGCCCUUCUGCCCCCGUCAGCUUCUAAAGCCAGCCUCGACUCCCAGACUUCCCCAGACUCGCCUUCCGGCACCCCCAGCCCAGUGUCCCGGCGCUCCAUCUCCCCAGAACCCGCUCCCCGGUCUCCAGUGCCCCCACCCAAACCCUCCGGGUCACCCCGAGCGGCUCUGCCCCUGCUCCACUCGACCCGGGCCCCUGGCCAGGAUGGCUCUGCCUCGGCCGCAGGCACCGUGCGGAGACUGGCUGGCAGGUUCGAAUGGGGGGCUGACGGCAGAGUCCAGGCUCCAGAUCCCCUGGAGCCGGGUCCUCCCGGGGGACUGGAUGUGAACGGGGAGAGAGAGGCUGCGCAGGGCAUCCUCGCUGGGAGUGGGUCCCAGGAGAGCGGCACUCCAGAUGCUGCGCUGGCCUGCCCUCCCUGCUGCCCUUGUGUCUGCCACGUAGCCCGGCCCGGCCUGGAGCUCCGAUGGGUGCCACUCGGGGGCUAUGAGGACGGCCCCAGGGCCCCCUGCCGGGCCUCCCCACUGCGGACCUCCCGCUCCCGCCCCAGCCCUCCAAGCCUCAGCCAGCCCCCAGUCGUCCUCACGUCCUACCGCUCCACUGCCGAGCGCAAACUCCUGCCACCCCUCAAGCCCCCCAAACCAACUCGGGUCAGACAGGACGUCACCAGCUCUGGGGACGCCCCACAGCCAGAUCUCGAUCUGCCCUCCGAAGAUGGAAUCCAAACAGGGGACAGUCCCGAUGGCGCCCCUCAGAACGAUCCUCCAGCCACCACGGAGGGCAGGGAGGCUGAGGAGCUGGAAGAGCUGAAGGGGCAGAACUGGGAGCUGCCCCUGCAGGACGAACCCCUGUACCAGACCUAUCGCGCAGCCGUGCUGUCAGAGGAGCUGUGGGGGGUCAGUGAGGAUGGGGGACCCUCUUCGGCAAAUCCUGGGGAAGCUCCCCCCUUCGCCCGGCCCCCCGGACCUCGCAACACGCUGUGGCAGGAGCUUCCGGCUGUGCGAGCCAGCGGCCUCCUGGACACCCUCAGCCCCCAGGAGAGGCGCAUGCAGGAGAGCCUGUUCGAGGUGGUGACUUCCGAGGCCUCGUACCUGCGCUCCCUGCGGCUGCUGACCGACACCUUUGUGCUGAGCCAGGCGCUCCGGGACACGCUCACCCCCCGAGAUCACCACACCCUCUUCUCCAACGUGCAGCGCGUGCAGGGAGUCAGUGAGCGGUUUCUAGGGAAGUUACUGUCCCGUGUGCGCUCUUCCCCCCACAUCAGCGACCUGUGCGACGUGGUGCACGCCCACGCCGUGGGGCCUUUCUCCGUGUACGUGGAUUACGUGCGGAACCAGCAGUAUCAGGAGGAGACGUACAGCCGCCUGAUGGACACGAACGUGCGCUUCUCCGCGGAGCUGCGGCGGCUGCAGAGCCUCCCCAAGUGCCAGCGGCUCCCGCUGCCGUCCUUCCUGCUGCUGCCCUUUCAGCGCAUCACGCGGCUCCGCAUGCUGCUGCAGAAUAUCCUGCGCCAGACAGAAGAGGGGUCCAACCGCCAGGAGAAUGCCCAGAAGGCUCUGGGUGCUGUCAGCAAGAUCAUUGAGCGGUGCAGCGCCGAGGUGGGGCGCAUGAAGCAGACAGAGGAGCUGAUCCGGCUCACGCAGAGGCUGCGCUUCCACAAAGUCAAGGCCCUGCCCCUGGUCUCCUGGUCCAGGCGCCUGGAGUUGCAGGGGGAGCUGACUGAGUUAGGAUGCAGAAGGGGGGGUGUGCUCUUUGCCUCCCGCCCCCGCUUCACCCCCCUCUGCCUGCUGCUCUUCAGUGACCUGCUGCUCAUCACUCAGCCCAAGAGUGGGCAGCGGCUACAGGUUCUGGACUAUGCCCAUCGCUCCCUGGUCCAGGCCCAGCAGGUCCCGGACCCAUCUGGACCACCUACGUUCCGCCUCUCCCUUCUCAGCAACCACCAGGGCCGUCCCACCCACCGGCUACUCCAAGCUUCAUCCCUAUCAGACAUGCAGCGCUGGCUGGGAGCCUUCCCUACCCCAGGCCCCCUUCCCUGCUCCCCGGGCACCAUCUAUGAGGACUGUGACUGUUCCCAGGAACUCUGUUCAGAGACUUCCACACCUGCCAAGACUGAGGGACGGAAUCUGGAGUCCAGGGCUCCCCACAAGCACCUCUACAAGAGCCCCGAAGGCUGGCUGAAGGGGCUUCCUGGGGCCUUCCCUGCCCAGUUGAUGUGUGAAGUCACGGGGGAACACGAAAGGAGGAAGCACCUUCGUCAGCACCAGAGGCUCCUGGAGGCUGUUGGGCCCUCUUCAGGCUCCCCCAGUGCCCCCCAGCCCUAAUGCAGGCCAGGGGGAUGGGGUGGUGGCGGCACAAGUUGGGACAGCUGGCAGCCUGGCACAGAGGAGACAAAGCCCAUCCAUCCACUGGAUUUGCUGUCAGUGGAAACGCUACCUCAGUGGCAACCAGUAGGGACCGAGCUUCAAGACUGGGCAGCCAAUGAAAACAGGGCUGUCUGAGCCCACGCAUGAGGGAGAAUGAAGAUGGCUUGAGUGGAUUGCCAGUGGAGACAGAGGCUCAGUGCAGAGUGGCCAGUGGGUGCUGAGCUGGCUGAGCCUCUGGCCAAUGAGUAUCUCUGCUAUGCUCACAGCCAAGAAAGAAGCUAGGUCAGUGCAGCUAAAAGAGGGCUGCACUGGAGAUAAAGUCCUAGGAUAAAAUAGCCAACAGCAGGGACACACCCAGCCAAAGAAGAUGGUGAUCUGGGCCCAAGAGACCAGUAGGAACCCUGCUUGGUGCUAUAGCAACGACCGUCUUGCCUUUUGAGUCUGGGAAAUAUUAGAUUCCAUUCCUGGGGUGCCUCCUGUGUCCUCUUAAGCUACUUCCUCUCUUCUAGAAGAAUCCAGAGUGUGGGUCUCAGAGAAUCUGUGUGUGUGUGCAUAUGUCUGUAUAUGUAUCAAGGAAGGUGAUUCUGCUGAACAUGAUGUGUGUGUGGUCUUGCCCCCUUCCCAGAUGAUUGAAUCCUCGAUUUCUCCCCUCACUCCCCAUUUUUCUUAUUAGUCUCCUCAGGAAAGACACUAGGUCUGAGCUCCAGAGGAGAAUGUGCUGGGUGUGGUUGGCAGCCAGAGCUGGGGAUGAGAGGCCUG